AUGGCAAGGAGCACGUAUGACCAUCGAUGGCAAGAAGCCAUGACGGAAAUCAACGAGCAGGUCCAUAUUGAAGAUCAUACACUUAGUGACGGUCCAACUGGGACAUCAAAUGAACCGCCACCUCAAGCUUCGAUCGUCGAAGCUUUUCAGCAUUAUGCGAGUCUGUACAUUAAAUAUAUUCAGAUUCUUACACGCUUGACUGAGUGCUACGACCAAAUGGUUCAUCCACAAAAGCGCAUUGAUGUAAAGCAAGUGAUUGAAGUUGUUGCGACUCGCGUCGUUGAGCUAAAGCAUCAACUUGUAAAAUGGAAUUUUCCCAAUCCGGAUGUCAUGACACAGCCCGAGCGCAGUUUUCCUUGGGAAUAUGUAAAUCUAGACAAUAUUCUUGUAGAUCUUAAGUUACCACCCGAGACAAUCGAGAUUCCAAUCUCACAAUCUUUUCUGGAUGACCAACACGAAAAUCUUGUUCGGAGAGAUCGACUUGUUAAAGGAUAUAUGAAACUUAAACAUGGUGUAGACUCGAUUCAACUUGAUGCAAUGAAAAAAGCCGCUAUAGCAAAAGAAGCUGGUGUCAUGUCACUAGAUGAAGCCAUUUCUGUGGUCCAGAAGAAUGAAAAAGGUCGUUUAGGUCGUCAGCAAAGCCUCCAUGACCAGGAAUUGCGGGAGCAGGAACGUCAGCGUAAUUUUUAUGAAACAUCUCAAAGUUCACUUGAGAUGGAUCCAGAUGUUGCUGCUGCCAACAUCCAAAGGAUGUUUCGUGGCUUCUGGUCACGUGCUACGGCCGAUCGAGAACGUGAUGCUGAACUUGUGUUUAUAGGCAUGAAGGCACCACUUCUUGAUCGUUCAGCAAUGAACAAGCGCCUUACGGACGCGCGUCUUCAACGCCGAUCUGAACAGCAGGAUAAUAAAGAGGAAUACGAACGAGCAUUAGUUACACUGCAUGAAGUAGUGACUAGUGAAGAAGGUCCGUUGAUGAAGGAAAAGAUGCUGGAAGAACGGAGACGUUGGAUCACAGAUAUCAUGGCAACAGGACAAUUGCCUGAAGAUCUGUCAGGUUUUUAUGCUGCUUCAGUUAGCGGCAAUAGUAGUGAAGAAAUGGCGAUGGCAAAGGCAAAAGAAGAAGAGAUGAAAGCGAAAGCUGACAAGAAAGGAGCUAAAAUGAAGAAAGAGGACAAGAAAAGUGGAAAAGGAGCCAAAGGGAAGGGCAAAGACGUUGCAAUAAAACAGGAAGAAGCACCUGAGAAGCCACCUCCGCUGACGGGACCUUCGGAACUUAGUUCAAAGCUAGCGGGAGGCGUCAUGCAGUAUAGAAAAGUGUGGAUCGAACGUCAAAAGAUGGACAAUUUUUAUCAAAAAUACGACGUCGCUCUUGCGAAGGAUGUUGUACGGGGACCAGUGGAAGUGCAAGUUCGUCAACAAGUGGAUGAGAUGCUGGUUCUUCAGCUUAUGAACAUCAAGACUCAACUUGAGGCAGCAAGUUCCCGGAAAAAGGGAAAAUCGAACAAGGGUAAAGCCAAAAAGAGUAAAGCGAAAAAGGGUAAGAAAAACACGAAAGAGAAAGGAAAAAAGAGCAAACCAUUACCUGGUGAGAAGAUUGCCGAGUUGAAAGGACGUGCUCCUGACUCGUUUUUAAGUAUUUUGGUCGAUUAUCAAAUUGUUCACGCUCCACGUCCCGGGGUGCGCGUUCGUGAUUUUAUCGGAAGUUUCAACCUUCUUGGAACGAUCUUACAGCAUUCAGAUCGUCGAGAUCGAGUGGGAAAUUGGGUUCCUCAAGAUCCUUCAGCAGCUCAAUUACGGCAACUCAUCACAGAAUAUGGUGUUUUACCCUUAAGCUCGCCAUUUAUCAGAGCUCGUACUCCACUGAUACGCUCGAUAAUGCUAUAUGGUCCUCGUGGAUCAGGAAAAACAUUCUUGGUCAGUGCAUUGGCCAACGAGACAGGAGCUCUUUUGCUCAAUCUUUCACCAAGUAAUCUCACUGAUAAAUUUACUGGUAAAAAUGGUCCUACAAAGCUCGUUCAUAUGGCUUUGAUGUUAGCGAAAGCGACUACACUUCAGCCAAUUAUCAUUUACAUCGACGAAUGUGAGCAAAUGUUUGCUGGAAAUGGGAAAAAGACGAAAUCUGCCUCCGUUACAGAGGGACCGGCUCGGUUUAAGAAAGAUCUUUUGUUGUAUGUUAAAACUGCACUUGAACCUUCCGAUCGUGUGCUGGUUGUCGGUACAUCAUCAGAUCCUAAUGCUGCAGAUGUGAAGGAUUUACGAACAUUUUUCGACAAGUUUUUAUAUCUUCCAUACCCAGAUUAUGCGUCGAGAUUAUUGUUAUGGAAACACGCUUUACGCUCUACAAUAUCAGCACAUGCUGCAACGUUAAACUUUUCAUCAAUGGCAACGGUGAUGGCUCUUGCUGCAGCGUCAAUUCCAGCGUCUAAAGCUUCAACUUCAGGACCUGCAUAUUCUCGCUUGCAAGAUGGUCGUCAACAGGAAGCUCUCGAUCUCUCAACACUAACUUAUAUUUCCGAGGGUUAUGCGUCAGGAAGUAUCAUACGUGCAGUAGAAAUCACGCUCACUCCUCAACGCGUCGAGUGUUUGCAUACAUGUCCAUUACGUGAAGAAGAAUUUCUUAAUGCAUUGUCGCAUCAACCUGCCACUUUUAAAGAAGAUAUCGAGAAAUUUAAAACGUUCACGGCACUCAUUACCGGCUUGAAAGAAACUCGUGAUAAGAUACGCAAAGCAGCUAUGGAUGCACUUAAUAUAGACGAUCGAAAAGACACAAAAGGAAAAGGUGAUCAAAAUGGAAAGAAAGGUAAGAAAUAA